AUGGUGAUGCUGACAGGCAGCUUAAAGAGGGUGUUGGUCCAGGCAGCAGGCUCGGCUCCCAAGGGGGCUCAGAUGCAGCCCAUCUCCCUCCCCAGAGUGCAGCAGGUGCCACAGCAGGUCCAGCCCGUGCAGCACGUGUAUCCCGCCCAGGUGCAGUACGUGGAAGGGGCGGACGCCGUCUACGCCAACGGAGCCUUGCGGACGGCGUACGCCUACAACCCCGAACCCCAGAUGUACGCCCCCAGCAGCUCGGCGUCGUACUUCGAGGCCCCGGGCGGUGCCCAGGUGACCGUGGCAGGCUCCUCCCCGACCGCAGUCCCCGCCCACAGCAUGGUGGGCAUCACCAUGGAUGUCGGGGGCAGCCCCAUCGUCUCCGGCGCGGGAGCCUACCUCAUCCACGGGGGCAUGGACGGCACCCGGCACUCCCUGGCGCACACAUCCCGCUCAUCGCCCGCUACGCUUGAAAUGGCGAUUGAAAACCUCCAAAAAAGCGAAGGGAUCACAUCACACAAAAGCGGUUUACUCAACAGUCAUCUCCAGUGGCUCUUGGAUAAUUACGAAACCGCGGAAGGCGUGAGUCUCCCCAGAAGUUCGCUCUACAACCACUACCUUCGCCACUGCCAGGAGCACAAGCUGGACCCCGUGAACGCGGCCUCCUUUGGGAAGCUGAUCCGCUCCGUGUUCAUGGGCCUGAGGACGCGGCGGCUGGGUACCAGGGGCAACUCCAAGUAUCAUUACUACGGGAUCCGUCUGAAGCCAGACUCACCCCUGAACCGGCUGCAGGAGGACACGCAGUACAUGGCCAUGAGGCAGCAGCCUGUGCAUCAGAAGCCCAGGUACCGGCCAGCCCAGAAGAUGGACAGCCUUGGGGAGAGCGGCUCGCACGGCAGCCUGCACAGCACACCUGAGCAGGCCAUGGCGGCCCAGAGCCAACACCACCAGCAGUACAUCGAUGUGUCCCACGUCUUCCCGGAGUUCCCGGCGCCCGACCUGGGCAGCGUCCUGCUGCAGGAGAACGUCACGCUGCACGACAUCAAGGCCCUUCAGCUGGCCUACCGGCGGCACUGCGAGGCCACGUUAGAUGUCGUGAUGAACCUCCAGUUCCACUACGUUGAGAAGCUGUGGCUUUCCUUCUGGAAUUCUAAAGCCUCCUCCAGCGACGGCCCUGCCUCUCUACCUGCCAGUGACGAGGAGCCGGAGGGCACCGUCCUCCCCAAGGACAAGCUGCUAUCUUUGUGCAAGUGCGACCCCGUGCUCAGGUGGAUGAGGACCUGCGACCACAUCCUGUACCAGGCGCUGGUGGAAAUCCUCAUCCCAGACGUGCUGCGGCCCGUUCCCAGUACCCUGACACAGGCCAUCCGCAAUUUUGCCAAGAGCUUGGAAGGCUGGUUGACGAACGCCAUGAGCGACUUCCCACAGCAGGUCAUCCAGACCAAGGUCGGCGUGGUCGGCGCCUUCGCGCAGACCCUUCGGCGCUACACGUCGCUCAACCACCUGGCGCAGGCCGCCCGGGCAGUGCUGCAGAACACCGCGCAGAUCAGCCAGAUGCUCAGCGACCUCAACCGCGUGGACUUCGCCAACGUGCAGGAGCAGGCCUCGUGGGUGUGCCAGUGCGAGGAGGGCAUGGUGCAGCGUCUGGAGCAGGACUUCAAGCUGACCCUGCAGCAGCAGAGCUCCCUGGACCAGUGGGCCAGCUGGCUGGACAACGUAGUCACCCAGGUCCUGAAGCAGCAUGCGGGUAGCCCCAGCUUCCCGAAGGCUGCGCGGCAGUUCCUGCUGAAAUGGUCCUUCUACAGCUCCAUGGUGAUCCGCGACCUCACGCUGCGCAGCGCUGCCAGCUUCGGCUCCUUCCACCUCAUCCGGCUGCUCUACGACGAGUACAUGUUCUACCUGGUGGAGCACCGCGUCGCCGAGGCCACUGGGGAGACGCCCAUUGCCGUGAUGGGAGAGUUCAACGAUCUUGCCUCCCUGUCGCUGACACUGCUCGACAAAGAUGACCUCAGCGAGGACCGUGGAGGCAGUGAGGCCCGCUCGGAGGCCCGAGGCCGGGGCGAGCCCCUGGUGAAGCGGGAGCGCAGCGACCCCAACCACCCGCUGCAGGGCGUCUAGCUGGGCCGCGCUGCCCCGGCUCCAGGUCCCAGAGCUCCGCUGCGGUAGUGCCUCCUGGACGAAGUGACCUUUACUCUGAGUGCCGGGGCCCCCGGGCCAGGGCACCCUUAAAGGACACGCUCUCCCUCAAGAGGAAAACCGUUGCGACCGCAGCCAAAGCUCAGAUGGGGCGCCCAGACCCCUUUUCCUUCUUCUGAAUGUUCUUUCCCCCACUGCAAACACCCGCCUCCAGAGCUGGAAGGGGCCGUGCUGAGCGAGUCGCUACCUCCACUUUGGGCAUCUCCGCCUGCCGGGUGGCUCCGAUUUUCACCCUGAUUUGAAAAAACUCCGGCGGGUCCCGGGGAGGAAGGGAUGUCCCGCAGCCGUCGGGCAGCGCCAAGCUGGCCAUGUCCCCGCAGUGCCCCCUCAGGCCCUGCGGUGGGGAGAGGCCAUCUCGGUCUUCGCCCCAUGGCUUCCUGCCCUGCCGGCCGCCAGGCGCCCCGUCUCUAGACCCCAAAGGGAUCAGAAGAAGCAGCCGCCAAUCGCGUCCCCGGACGGCGCGCAGCCCACGGCCCCACGUGGCUCAGAGCACAAGUCACCGAAGCAGGCCCGCUCGUGCCAAGACAUGGUGGGGCCUUUCAAAAUCAAACCCAGGAGCUUGAUCAGCAACCAGAAGGACUGGGAAUCUGUCCAGGUUCACAGCCAACGUCAAGUUUAACUGUGAGGUCUGGAAUGAGUUUGUUCCAAGGGGGCCGGGAGGUCAGGGUCUCCGCCGCGCCUUCAGAGGGCAGCCAUCCUGCCAAGUCUCUGCACGAACAUCCGUGCCUGAGCCCCGCUCCACAGAACCUUCCAGAACGUCUGCCUUUGAAGUAGCGAUCCCAGAGCACUGUGACCCCGGCAGGUCCCAUCUUGAACUGCUCAGGGUCCAAGCUCUUCUCUGGGGACAGACGAAUCCCAAGGGCUGUCCCAGCCCUGACCUCGAAACUCUCCGGAUCUGUGUUCCUCGUAACAUGUUGCACCAGUAAGCUCUGUGCCAGGGUUCCGCCCCCAAAGCAGCGGCAAAGAAGAAAGACAAACCUCUGGUCUAAGAAGCAUCGGCUUCUCAAAUGCAAUAAUUUCUCCUUUUGGAAAUACGUUCAUACAAAUAGUUUUGUGCUCUAAUUGUUAUUAGAACUUUCCUUAUGAAUGUGUAUUUCGCAGUAUAUUCAAUCCCCCGUGUUGUUUCCUCAUUCAUGCAGAAGGUACUAACGUAAACUCACGAGGCCUUUAAAAUCCCUACUUGUCGACAAGCAGGAGCGCCGUGCAUCCCUGGCCCCCGCAGGUGCCCGGGGGGAGCAGCAGGGAAGGACGAGAAAUCUCAUUUUAAGAAACCAAAAGCCCGACACGAUCACAACGUGCGUGUGGUCUUAAAGUUGCAGACUCAGAUGAACUCAGACAGAAGGAAUGUCUUUAAAGCUACAUCUCCUUUCCUGGGAGACGUUCAAGCUCACGGCUCCUGGAUUGUGACACCUGCCUUUUCUUCCACGUUUCUGCCUUACGCUCUGUCUAGUCCUUUGCCGGAUUCCGCGAGGAGGAAUAUAAAUGACAGUAAAGACACCAGCCUUCCGAGCCCGUUCUCGUUUCCCGUUGCAAUAAACACGCUGAACGUGCCCGUUGUGGGUCACGAUCCACACUCCAGCCUUUGCCCCGCCGCCCGCUCCAGUGGCCUUGGAGGACGCAGCCCUCCUCCCACACUCCCCUGGCCCUGGCACAGCCAGACCUGGGCCACACGAGCCCGGGAAGGGAGGGCAGCGGUGCUUUCCUCCGGCUCUCUGGGGAAUGUUCCAGAAGGAGCAUUUAGCAAGGCCAGAGAGGGCAAGAAAACAACUCUCAGCCCAGGAUGGGCGAGACUGUUUGUAAACAGACUAAACUGGUUCAGAGACGCAGAAUAAAUCCACGCUCCGGCUGCUAACGCAGCCGACUGGCUGUCUACAGGGUUUAUCUGGUAAAGCGGUGGGGCCCGAACUUCA